CUGUAGCUUCGGUCGCCAUGGAGUAUGGAUGGGUUUUCGUCGUGCUUCACAGCCUGGCUUUUCUUCAAGAAGUAUUUCUUGUGAAUAUCCAGUUUGAGACGACCCCAUUAACUUGGGGAGCAUUGGAUACGUGGACGGAACUACAAGAACACUCUGCAUACAAAAUAACAGGGAAUCCUCGACCAAUUUACCGCCAAGAUCUACCUGCAGACUACAUAGCAUACUGGGAGCUCGAGGUCAAUGACACCGAUUACGUAAUCCUAUCAUCAAGUGCUAAGACUGGUGACUAUAGAUUUAACCAACAAGGCCCAUUACCAAGUCCUACUACACUGCUGGACAAGUAUGCGUCAUUAAUUAAAUGUCAAUGUCAUCGUUAUUAUAUGCUAUCUCCAGAUGGACAAAUGUAUUGUCAGGAUGAGGAAGACAGAAUAGUUGCCAUGACAACCGAACGUUUACUGGAAUCUGAUUGGAAGGAUGCAUCAAUGAAAAUGUCUAAAAUGGAGACUAUUGUACGCGAGCAGCAAACCGGGGUGCGAAGGAUGUGGAAACAGCGUCGAGGUAAAGUCAUACAAUCGGAUGUGUGGUCAACUAUAACUGUUCUGGGGAGAGGACAAACACUAUCCCGGGAUGAGCGAUACUCGCAGCAAGCUGUGUCACCAGGCGAGAAAUUAAAAAUUCCACUCAACAACGCGACAGAUACAGUCAAAGUUACGUUCCUACCGUUUAAUGCAAAUAUGUCAGACAUGGAAAAAUCUGCAUGGCAACGAAAACUAUGUAGUGCCCUUGGAGACAUUUGCACUGGUGAAUAUUUUACAUAUGUAAACGAAGGAAACUUCACAAUUUUCAACGAAUAUGGUGGGCGGGUUUUAAUUCUACAGCUGCAUGAAGAUGGACAACAUUUGUGGAAGCUACUCGAAGGAACGGACAUUGGUUUCCAGGUGGAAAUUCACCAUAAUAAUGGCGAAACUGUUUUAAAAAGAUUUGGUAUUGACUUAGGUAGCGAAAACCAUCGCACACGGAUCGUUAAAAGGUUCACCAAACGUCUUCCUUGGCACACAACUAUGUCCCAAAUAACGCACGAAGAACUGUUCCCGAAUUACUGGCAGCAUCGCAUGGAUGGGUGCAGAAGUGGCAGCGGCUCUGUAGCAUGGGCCAUGAUUUUCGGAUAUUAUGAUCGCUUAGCGCAUCUAAACGAGUCGUAUGGAUUUUCCCAGGCUUUAUGGCGAUGUGGGGAGGACGCCACCGACGGCAGUGAUGACUGCGUAGCGCCACCUACUCAAAAUGCAACUGUACAACUGUAUGUAGAAUCGAUCCGACGUAAAUUGGGAACGUUCUGUCUACUUGGAAGCAUUACACCACACUGGAAAAUGGACCACGUAAAGAGGUUCUAUCGUCGGCGACAAGGCAGCACUGCGUUCAUAUCGACAUACAACUCCGGUAAUUUGCAGGCGUCACUUGGAUGGUACGGUGACAACGUUUCCAAUAACAUUAUCAAAAUACUGGGAACACAGUUGCCUGCUAUUGUGGGAUAUCGAGUAGGUGCUCUUAGACAUUACGCCGUGACAACCAAACUACGGCGACGACAUCGUCGGUACCGUCACUGUUUUUUGAUUUGUACUGAUUGGAAGAAAGAAUUGGACAAUGAUAUUUACAUCCAUUUUGGCGACGAAAAUGGUGAUGGUAAUGGAUGGCGUUCGUGUGAAGGUUAUUUUGCUGCCGUAGCAUACCCACAUAGUAUACAGACGUAACGUGCAUGUAAACCACAAUCUGAUGUACAUAUAUUAAACCGAGAAUUGUAUUACCUGAUUCUACGCCGGUAACAGCUGGACUGAUAUGAUACAAACUAAACGAAUGGUUGUCGAUUUGAUGCACUUAGUAAAACUUGGACAGCCGUGCUGUGCAUAAGUGUUAUACUGUUGGAUAAUUCCAACAUUAAACGUGUAUAUAUCGUAUAGUGACUGCCAGUCGUCCAUUGUUAAACCCAGACAUUUUAGACAAUUAUAUUUGUAAAACCGAAGCAUUUCAACUGUUUUAUAGAAUUAUAGCUGGUCUUGUUUUCUACUUUGAAUGUUACGUAAAUGUUUUAGUGUUGUAAAAAAAUAAAGCCACCUUUGGCUUAAAAAAAGAUGUAUCCAUGACUGUGUGUAUAUAUAUAUAUAUAUAUUAAGGAUAUAUUUGAAUAAAUUGACACCAUAAUUAUGGUGUACAAGGGAACUCUA